CCGUCCCUCCUCCCCGACACUCCGCAGCAGAGUGCUUUUGCAGCCUGUGCAGCUCCUGAGAAAGGAGGUGUUUCAGCUUGCCUUUUUUUUCUUCCCUGCCCUUUUUUUUUUUUAAUUUUUUUUUUCUUUUCUUUCCUUUCUUUCCCGCGGAGGCGGACCCUGUCGGAGGAGCAGCAGCCGCGGACACGCCGGGGCCGAGCAGGGAGGAUGGCCGGGGGGCGCCUCCCGGGGCUGCUCUUCCUUUUGCACGCCGCGGCUCGCCUGGCUGCCGAGCAAGAAGUUGAAAAUCUCUCCGGGCUCUCCCCUAACCCCGAAAAGGACAUUUUCGUGGUGCGGGAAAACCGGACGACGUGUCUCAUGGCGGAAUUCGCCGCCAAGUUCAUCGUCCCUUACGACGUGUGGGCCAGCAACUACGUGGAUCUGAUCACGGAGCAAGCCGAUAUCCCGCUGUCGCGGGGCGCCGAGGUGAAGGGCAAGUGCGGCACCAACGAGUCGGAGCUGGAGAUCUCCUGGCUGGAGCAAGCGUACACCCUCAGACUCUUCUUCCUCAAGGAGGGGCACAACACGUCCCGGGGGCAGGAGGCGUUCUGGAGGCUCAGCCGCAUCCAGUUCACCUACGACACCGCCGAGCGCACCUACUUCAAGGACGCCAUCGCCCCCGGGAAGCACACGGCCAGCUCGCACCGGCUCUCUGCCCUGGUCACUCCGGCUGGGAAGUCCUACGAGUGCCAGGCGCAGCAGACCAUCUCCCUCGUCUCCAGCGACCACCAGAAGUCUGUGCAGCUCUUGCUGUCGGAAGUGCGUGUCCAGCCCUUCGACAUCACCGCGGAUUUUGUCUUCAGUGAAGAGCACAAGUGCCCGGUGGACCAGAGGGAGCAGUUAGAGGAAACCCUGCCUCUGAUUCUGGGCCUGAUCCUGGGGUUGGUUAUCGUGAUAACCCUCUGCGUUUACCAUAUCCACCACAAGCUGACGGCCAACCAAGUGCAGAUUCCUCGGGACAGAUCUCAGUACAAACACAUGGGCUAGGGGAGAGCAUCGAGCAGCCCAAAUAUUUAUCAGGUAGAAAAAGCAAAAGCACUUUUUUCUAAGGGUGAGGAGAGAUUUCGGGGUGUGGGGGGGGGCGGGGCGAGAGACGGUAUUCACAGCACCUAAUGGUGGGCGUUGCGUGGAGGCACACACGGUAGGGUUAGGCUUUAACGUGGUCAGUGCUCAGCUCUCGCUGUAAGAAGACUCGGAGCAUCUGAUUUUAGGAGUCAGGGGCAGUAGGUGGUGUGAAUACCUUCUUAAGCAGCUGGGCCCAUCAUCCGGAAACAGAAACGCUUCACACGUCAAAGUUUAACACCGGGGGCAAAAUUAGCUUUUUUCUUUUCUUUUCUUUUUUUUUUUUUUUCUGUUUUCUUUCUUCUUUUUUUUUUUUCCUCUCCCCUCCCCAACGCGCCGCUCUCGGCAGCGUUCAGCCCUCUCCGUUUGUGUCUGUGCGGGGAGCAGGGCUGGGGGACGGAGCCAUUAGGCGAGACUUCGUUAAGGUCCUCUAACGAAGGGACUCCAACCGCAUUCCUGAAUUUGCACUCAUGUUAAGGAAAGCAUGAAGGCAAGACAGGUGUGUUUUGAGAAAAAAUAAACGCCAGAACCUCAAGUUGGUAGAAACUGGAGUAACUCCAGCGCAGCAGAUCCCAGCCAGCUUGAGGACCCCAUGCUUGAGGCUAAAUAAAUGAAGAAAGUUUGUUUUUGCUUCUUGAGCCACAUCUGAAAGUUAAAAAAAAAAUAAUUAAAAAAAAAAAAAAAGAGUAUUGAUACGCAAAUUAAAAAAGUGCCAUGCUACUGCAAGUCAACCGAGAAAUGCUUCUGGCUGGACAUCCUGCACGUGUUGUGAUUGUCGUUGAGAUGUUACAUUGCUGCCCGCAACUGGUAUUUUCACAACGAAACACACAAAAAAAAAAAGAAAACAGAAAUGUUAAAGUUACUAUGCAGAUUAUUCAGGUAUAAUCUAAUGUAACAGAAAAAAAACAUAAGGAAGCCCUUGAAAUCCGUCCUUAAGUGUAGACCAUUUUUAAAAUUAAUUAAAACAUGUACAUAUCUAAUA